UAGGAGAUCUGACAGAUUCAGCAACCAGUAUCUUUAAUGUAGCUUAGCUGUUAUGGCUGCUUACUUGGUUAGGUGGUUAAGAGGAUUGUACGUUUUCUUUUUGACAUGUCUGCUAUCCGUCUCGACCUUCUUAAAUCUGGAAGAACUAAACGAGAUGAAAUAUGGAAUCCAGAUUCUUCCGGAUCCUGUCAUUAUGGGACAGGCUAACACAGAGGAAGUAAUGCUUGUGUCAAGCAAAUACAAGCAAAUGUACGAAUGUCGCCUUCCAGCCCAGGCAGUGAGGUUUCACCAGGACCCAUCCUCUGAGUCUGAUUCUGAAGGCUACACAGGACCAGGCAUCCCAGACCUGCUCAAGCCCAUGCACACUGCCCCCUGCCUAGUUAAGACUAAAGACUGGUGGACAUAUGAGUUCUGCUAUGGACAACACAUUAGACAGUACCAUCUUGAAGACACAGAAAUCAAAGGGGAUGUUCUCUUUCUGGGGUACUAUGAGUCUGAGUUUGACUGGAACAAUGAAACAGCCAAGGCCUCUAAGCAGCACAGGAUGAAGCGCUAUCACAGUCAGAGCUAUGUCAACGGCUCCAAGUGUGACCUGAACGGGAGUCCUCGGGAGACUGAAGUCAGGUUUGUGUGUGAAGAGGUCUCGGCGGACUACGUGGCACGUGUGGACGAGCCCCAGUCCUGUCGCUACGUGCUGACGGUCCACACAUCCCGCACCUGCCAGCACCCCUUCCUGCGCCCGCCCUCCACCGCCAAGCCCCAGGGCAUAGUGUGCCAGCCGGCCCUCAGCGCCCAGCAGUACAUGGACUAUGUCAAGGCCCAAGUCUCGGACACAAAGCGUAAAGUGGAGCAGAUCUCGGAAGAGCUGAAGACUCUGGAUGAGAUAUUAGCUGGUGAUGAGGGAACAGAUGAGGAAUCGGCAAAGCCAGCUUCUGACCAAGACGUCCUGGGGUCAGACACAAAAGUUGUUUCCUCUGAAGAGUCGGAAGAUUCUGAUUUCUGGGAGGGAGUGAAAAAGCCAGGGGGAGGCACCACAGCUGACGCUGCUUCAGAGAAUCAGGCUGAAGAGGACGUGUAUGAUAACCAGCUCACAGACGAUGAGGUCACGGAGGAAGCUUUUGGAGAUGAAAAAUUCAACUUCAAGAUCAUCACAGACCCUGCAGACCUGAUGAAGUUUGUGCAGCAUCUCAAAGAGAGCAACAGAAAGAAAGCACAAAAUGAAGCCAAAACCAAAAGAGAGGCACAGAGGAAAGAGGAGAGGCGUACGGGCGAGGAUGAGGAGGGUGAUGUUGAUGAUGACGAAGAAGAGCGUCUCCUGCUUCAGGAGUUUGAGGAUGAGAUCGUUGAUCUGUCUGUGCCCUCUGCAAACAUCGAGGAGAUCAAAGAAGAAAUGCAAAAGGAGUUUGACAACAUCAUAGAUGAGGCUCAUCAGGAACUGGAGACAGAGGGUCUGAAGGGGGAGUUUGACCGCACUCAAGCCACCCAGACCCUGGAGACCACUCUGGAUAAGCUGCUGGACCGGCUAGAGGAAAAAGAGACCGGAAACGCAGAUGCGGAGCCUCAGACAGAGCAUGGACAAAGGGCCAAUGACCCAGCCAGGGGAAGCCCAAGCCUGGCCCCACGACAGCCAGACCAAGCGGCUGACAACCAUGUUAAGAUCAGAGUUACUAAGUAUAAGACUGGUGGCAGCCCCGAUGGGGAGGUCAAAGUUCAGGAGAUGGGCGAAGGCGACCCCCAAUGGCAGCACAUUAAGGACGUGGUUAAAGAACAGCUAGAGAAGGCGGGACUGAAGGCCGAAGGUAAAAUAGAGGUGAAGAUUUUAACCCGAAGGACAGCUGAGGAGGCUGGGGACCAGUGGCUGACUGAAGAAGAUACCAAGUCCUUCAGAGAGCUGCUCAUCAACCUACUGACGGGUGGAACAGAAGAGGUCUACAAAGAGCAAAAGAGACAGCAGGAGUUGGAAAACAACUACAGAUUUGUAUGGGGAGAGAGACAGGAAGAGGCCCAGUCCACCAAUACUGCCCCAGACUCAGACGAUGUGGAGUUAUGAGCUCUGUAGAGACAUAUCCUGACAUUGUGGGAACCAAGCACCUGUGAAGGCAAGGAGACAGGAAUUGUCUCUCUGGCCUGCAAGGAAUCUGAACUCAUUGCCAAGUUUCUGCCGCCUACUGCUAAAACCAGUGUUCACAAACAUCUGUUACCACACUCAGAAAUGUAAUGUGUCCCUAUUAGGCACUAUUUUAUACCUGGCACAAACCAAUCUAAAUGUUUUAGUUGUGGUAGUGUAAUAGUAUCAGGUUUUCUUCUCUAUCUUUUUUACUGAGAGGCCAAUGUGUUUGCUGAAAAUGCAUUGUUUCGGUUGGGAUAAGAGGCAGAUUUGGACCUAUGAAAAUGUCUGUGGCUUUGACUGAAUAUGAGGUUUGACUUUGCAUUUCUACAGAACUGUUUUGCCCUCUACUUGUGUAACCACACAGCACGGCUUAUUACUAUUCCUCUGUAUUUGUCUAUUGUUCUAUGCUGUGAUGGAUGAAUUGACCUGGUAGUUGCACUUAUCUUCACAAAACUGGAUGAAUGCACUGUGUUUGCAAAAGGAGUGUUCUGUUUAUCAUACUGUUCAGACAUUCUACAACGCUUAAAAAUAUUUCCGGUUCCUAAUCCUACAGGACCUCGUGUUGUUGUUGUUUUAGAGAUUCAAGCACAGUUUGAAUGAUCAGAGCCAGUGUGAUUUAGUGAAGCUUUUAAAAUGAAUUAAAUCAACAUGCUAAUUUGGUCAUUUUGGAAUUUAAAUGGUUGUUUAAUUAAUUGUACUCCAUUGGCAUUUUCUUUAGCACUUUAAAUGUUGAGAAAGUUCUGGAAACGCAGAAUUAAUACAUUAUACAUUUAGUCAAUUUCUUGGUUUGAAGAUUUCUGAUAUACAUUUUGGUUUAAUUGCCAUGUGAUUUGGAACCAAAUAAUACUAUAAUUUUUAUUUAGAAUGGAUCUAAAACAUCGAUUGGAGGGCUCCCAGGAAAAUUACUAAGUUGUAAUGUUGUCAAAUUACAAAAAAACAGGUUCUAAGGAACCCACCGAGAUUUUUAUUUUGCUCAUAGGUUUCUGUCAAAGGGCUUUGUGUACAUUUUGUGAAUAAUUGCAGCUCCUUAAAAUCUGUAAAUAGCUUUGUUUAAACGUGAGGGAAUAAUUUUGAUAUUAAGUUAAGACCAUUUAUAAGCACACUUCUUUAUGGGUUGAGGAGUGUUAUUGGGUGAUGUCAAACAAAUACAUUUUGUUACAUUGUAAAUUAUUUUACACAAGAUGGACACCCAUACACUCACUUUGAGCUGCCUUGUAAAUUCUUUGUAUACUCAUACCUUGCUAAUUUAAAAUAAAGACCAUUAGAAAAUGCA